AUGGAGAUGUGGCGGUUGGCGGUGACUCUUAAGCAGCAUUCUCACCGCGUCGCGCACAACCGCACAAAAGUGGAUCCUCGAAUCAAUGGGAAGAUGCCCUUUGGAGGCGAUGAACCUGAGGAAAAAGAAGAAGCCGAGGAAGAUGAGAACUUAUUUCCGGUCUUCUCGGCUCGAUCUCAACACGACAUGCGUGUUAUGGUCUCGGCUUUAACUCAAGUAAUCGGAAGCCAACAAAACACCUCUCAUCAAGAUAAUCCUUCUGUGUACAAUCCACAAGACCCUAAUCAACCAGUUGCUCAUACUCUGCAAGAUCAAGGGAACUUGAGGAGGAGACACUAUAGAGGGGUGAGGCAAAGGCCAUGGGGAAAAUGGGCAGCUGAAAUUCGAGAUCCGCAAAAGGCAGCACGUGUGUGGCUAGGGACAUUUGAAACUGCCGAAUCCGCAGCCUUAGCUUAUGAUGAAGCAGCUCUAAAGUUCAAAGGAAGCAAAGCCAAGCUGAAUUUCCCGGAGAGGGUUCAGCUUGGAAGUAAUGUUACCAAUAAUCAGCUAUCAAACUCUACUUAUUACUCCUCCAAUCAAACCGAGCCGCAAAAUGUGCCAUACUACUAUAACCAAUACUAUCAAGAUGGGAGUAAUAAUGAUAUGUUAAGUUUUAAUUUGGGAGGUGGAUAUGGUAGUGGUAGCGGAUUUUCAAUGUCUCAUGAUCAAAGUGUAUCAACUACUACUACUGCUGCAACAACUUCUUCGUCUUCUGGUGGCUCUUCUAGGCAACAAGAAGAGCAAGAUUAUGCCAGAAUGUGGCGGUUCGGUGAUUCUUCGUUCUCUUCUCAUUAGGGGUUUUGAGAUGAUAUAUAAGAGAUUUGUAUUACUUGUGAUGAAGAG